AUGCAGCUAUUGUUGUGUUUUAUUGUUGUUGUGGUCGUAAAUGGUCGACUGCCGCAGUAUACAAUAUAUGGCAAGAAUCUUGUUCUUGGAGGGGGAGCGUUGAUGGAAAACAAUGCCCAUGUCUGGUCAAGGAUAGUUGAAAUGGCGGGAGGCAAAGGAAAUGCACGUAUUGGGGUAAUUUCAGCAGCGUCAGCCACCCCGGUAACAUCGGCUCAGUACUACGUGGACCUUCUCGUCAACAACUACACCGCCUUGGAAGCCACUUUCAUUCCUGUCACCGUGGACGAUGUCGCGAAAAACAGUGAUCCGAAUGUUGUCAGACUCAUCAAACAGCAGACUGGGUUUUUCAUUUCGGGCGGGGACCAGAUGCGUCUAGUGCAGGCCAGGUACACGCUAGCUGGCAACAUUCCGUCUCCAGCUCUCCAGGCAAUAAAGGAUCAAUACGACCUUGGCGCUGUCAUAUCCGGUUCCAGUGCCGGGACUGUAAUUCUCACCGCCGGUCCCAUGGUAACGGGUGGGAGCAGUUGGGACGCCCUCCGUUACGGAGCUCGUGAGUCGUCCACACACACAAACGACCUCACCUACCGGAAAACAGGGGGCUUCGGAAUAUACACCGACUAUCUUCUCGACACACACUUCAGCAAUCGAGGCCGCGAAGGACGCAUGGUACGCCUGCUGUCGGACACUCGACACAUGUCCAACGGCGUCAACUACGGCCUCGGCGUCAGCGAGAACACGGCCCUCGUCGUCACACACGUCGGCACGGACAACGAACUAGGGGAGGUAUUUGGCGAGCUCGGCGUUACAGUUGUCGACGUCUCCAAAUCCUACAGCGACCCCGCAGAGAGAUACUACAGCUUGCGCAACGUGUUUGUAUCCUACCUGACAGAGGGCGACACCAUCAACAUGAAAACUCGCAACAUCACCUUCUCCCCUUCCAAGACACCGUUGCGUGGAAACGAAGGCUAUGACCACGCCCUAACAUCUGACGACAUCUUCUACGGGGAGGGGAGCCAUGAUCGGAAAACAGAGUUUCUGCGCGUGGCAGCUAGCUUGUUCGAUGCGCGGAAGGAUACAAUGACACACGGAGACACGCAUCUCACGCACCCACAAUUCCGUGUAACAAUGUCGAAAACCGGAACUGACACGGAAGGGUAUGUUGAGCGACAUGAGGACUUCCAUUCUGAUACGCACUCAUAUAAGAAUAUGUACGUAGCUAUUGGCGAAAAAUGAUUAAAUAUGCCGUUUUGUA